UUGAGGAAAACUUUUGCACUUCCUGGAUACUGUUCGAGUGUUUGGAUUUCCUCGGGGCGAUGUGUUUUGGGGAGACAAAAAGCACUACCUGAAUAAAUUGAAUCAAAUCCUCCAUCAAAAUGAGUUGGAUUCCUUUCAAGAUUGGACAACCGAAAAAACAAAUCGUUUCCAAAACGGUUGAAAGGGACUUUGAGAGAGAAUAUGACAAGCUCCAAAAGCUGGAGGAUCAGACGAAAAAGCUUCACAAGGACAUGAAGAAGAGUACCGAGGCGGAUGUAGCUAUGUCCAAGGCAGCGGUGAAGAUUUCGGGAGACUUGCUGAGCAACCCCCUCUGUGAGCAGGACCAGUCCUUCCUGGACUUCAUGGCGGCUCUGGACACGGCCAUGAAGCGAAUGGACGCCUUCAACCAGGAGAAGGUGAACCAGAUCCAGAAGACUGUCAUUGACCCUCUGAAAAAGUACAGCAGUGUGUUCCCUAGUCUGAACAUGGCGGUGAAGCGGCGGGAGCAGGCCCUGCAGGACUACAAGAGGCUCCAGGCCAAGGUGGAGAAGUACGAGGAGAAGGAGAAGACAGGGCCCAUCAUGGUCAAGCUGCAUCAGGCCCGAGAGGAAUUACGACCGGUCAGAGACGACUUUGACGCCAAGAACAAGCAGCUCCUCGACGAGAUGCCCAAAUUCUACCACAGCCGCAUCGACUACUUCCAGCCCAGCUUUGAGGCUCUCAUUCGCGCGCAGGUGGUAUACUUCACUGAAAUGCACAAGAUCUUCAGUGACCUGACGGAUCAGAUUGACCAAGCGGGCCUCACAGAUGAGCAGAGGGAGAGGGAGAAUGAGGCCAAACUGACCGAGCUGCGCGCACUGUCCAUCGUCGCGGAUGACUGAGGAGAAAUCGGCGGAAGCACGUCUUGACUUCAUAUAUACCCCCCUACCCACCCAUUUGCCUUGUUACACUCCAGUGAAUGGUUUGUUAUCUCAAAGAAUUAAUCGUUGGUCUUUUUAGUGUGAAAAGGUGACCACUGUGGUCAUUGUCCGGCUCACUGUCAGAUUCGACAGACACUGUAUUUAAAUUCAUAUUUAUUUAUUUCGCAGUGAUUUUUGUUAUUUUAAUUUUUUUCAUCAGCCUAACCUCUUAAUUUUUAACUUGUAGAAAACACUAAUAAGCGUUUCAGGCAGAAAGCCCCCCUUGAAAGCCAUCUCUAACAAUGAAGUUGGCUCAGAGCCAGCGCUGGGAAAGACUUGAUUUUUUUUUUUUUUUUUAACUCAUCACGCAUUGAAAAUGUGCUGAAGUGGUCACCCACUCAUUUGUGAGCCACGCGCUGUUUCUCCCUAUUGUCCAUCAUCGGUGAAAGCUUCUCGAGCUCGGCUUUGCGUUCACAUUUUGUAAGGGAAAGGGAGGGGGAAAAAAUCUCAACCCUCAUCGGAAAGACCGGAAUCGCCGUUUAAUGGCAAGUCACUUCUUUUAUAUGCUUUAUGUGAAGUGUGGCCCCUAAUGGCUUGUGUAGGCUUCUGUGUUUGCCACCUGCGUCGAAAACGGGCACAAACAUAAAGCAAGAAUAAUUAUUUGCUCUGGGUUUAUUUGAAUCUUUAAAUCACUUUUAUAUAGUUUUAUUUCAAGUCAAGUCAGGUUUUAUUGAUAUAGUCCAUUUUAUACACAGAACGGUAGCCCAAUGUGCUUCACAUAAUCAUAACGAUCACAUAUUAAAUAAAAUAGUUAAAAUGUCAUGUCAAUCAAUUAAAAUAGUUAAAAUAAAAUGAAAGCAUGGGACUUCAUAGGGAACAGUUUUAUUUUGGCCCUUCUAAUCCGCUCAUUUCCGUUACAUCACACAUAGUGAAUAGACAUUUUUAAUGACCAUUGUUUUAGUUAUGAUCCAGUGACAGGCUACACCGUUUCUUACAUUAAACAUGUGUUUGUGUAAGAAUAGAAUGUUUAUAGACCAGCUCUCUGUAACUUAGUCAAACUGUUGAGGUGGUGGAUGCGCUCAAUUCUAAACAUUAAGUCACCAUUCCUGUCACUGCAGUGCAUUCCAUAUUGGUUUAUAAGGACACAUAGGCCUACUGUAUGGUGCUAUAGUGUCAAUUAAUCCUCACUUCAGUGGAUACAACAAUGUAUCUGACCUGAUCCUGGCCAAAAUAAUACUGUGGCGCCCUCUCUUGGCAGUGCAACACCUUAGUAGGACUGUCUAUUUUGUUGAAGGUUUGAAUAGUUUUUCUCUUUGUCUUUGACUGUUUUGUUUUUAUAUGGAUAGGAUUGUUUAGUAGAGAGCUAAUUUAUCUUGGAUAGUGUUACACAGCCAUAACACUAACGUUUCAGUGCCAGUCCAGGCCCUUUUGGUCGGUAGGACCAAUCCCCCACAUCAUGUUAAAAACUGUGUUGUAAAUAUUGCCUGUGAAAUUAUACAAUUAAAUUGCUAAUGUCAAUCACUGUAUGAGGAAAGACAAGCCCAAAUGAAGAAGUGACUUGUUUUGACCAUGCAAAGCUCCUCUGACUGUUGGAAUGUUUUAAGGAAAAUGUCCUCUUCAAAAUUGUGCCUUUGUGUUCCUCUGUGUAAUUUUCAGAGGUCAUUGUAGCUCAGCAAAAUCACUGUUUUGCUCUUUUGUCAAUGUAUUUUCCACUGAGGUCCUAAAUAUUGUUUGGAUUUAUUAUCAACACAUACUGCAUCAUCUCAUUCCUUACAUCUGACUGAGUAACUGGUGUUUAUUUAGCCAUAAUUGUUUUACUUACCUAUUUUGAGUCAACUCCUUCUGGUUACAUGGUGUUUGUAGGAACUAAUUGUGUGUCUUUUUAUUAAAAGAGGGUACAUUUUAAAA